AUUUAAAUUCUGACAGUGUAUGCUGCUAUGUUAAUUUGACGUCAGUCCGUAAACUGAAGAAACGUUGAGAAGACUAGUCAGAGUUCACGAAUAGGUAUCUGGAGUUGAGGGGCUGUUUUCUUUAGCCUUUCUGGUCGGAGGUUGGGAAUUACACGUUACCAUCUCUGGUCGAAUGCAGAUCAGUCUGAAGAGAAUUCUGAGUCUGAAGAGUCACCGAGGUCUUUGUGGAUCUGCGCUUAGAUCACCUUAGAAUUCGUCAGUUAAUGUUAAACUACAGGCAAGGUCAAGUUGCAUUCUAUCAUGUACACAAAUCAGUGAAACACUCAACAAAGCAAGGUGUUGUUUAGUUAUUUAGUAGCUAGUAGUCACACUACUAGAUAGCUGCAUAGCUAAGCACACUGCUCGUCUUUCUAGAUAGAUAGCUGCCGGUAGCGCGUUAUCUGGAGAUUGUGCUCACAUUCUUUUAGGUAAUUCUGCCUUUACUGGCCAAGUUUAGAAAGUUACAUAUCCGAACCGUGUACCUAUUGUAAGCUAGAUCGUAUCAUGAGUAGCUAAGUAUGACUAAAAGCUUCUUACUUGCUAGCUAGGGUUGUCAAGACCGUAUGCAAACACACACCGUAUAUUUUUAAUCAAGCAGCAGUCAUAUUGCCAGACACAACAGAAUGACAGACAGUUCAGGACUGCACUUUGUGAGCCCUUAUGCUUUUGAGGCCAUUCAGAAGGUGGAUGUGAUUCGACUGGCAGCUCUAAGUGAUCCAGAGCUGAGGCUUUUGCUGCCGUGCCUGGUGAGAAUGGCGCUCUGUGCUCCUGCUGAUCAAAGCAAUGCUUGGGCUCAGGAUAAGAAGCAGAUCCUGCGCCUGCUCUCUGGUGUGGAGGCAGUGAACUCUAUAGUGGCACUGCUUUCGGUGGACUUCCAUGCUCUGGAACAGGAUGCCAGGAAAGAGCAGCAACUUAGGCAUAAGGCAGGUGGGUCAAACAGUGAGAGUAUCCUAGUCUCUCAGUUACAGCAUGGUCUAGCCCUGGAGUUUGAACACAGUGACCCUCUUAGGAGACUUAGACUGGUUCUCAGUGAGCUGCUGGCCAUCAUGAACAAGGUAGCUGACCCCAAUAGGGAGUUUUUUCUCAAGUCAUCUGAACUAUUUGAAAGUCCAGUGUACUUGGAGGAGGUUGCGGACGUUCUUUGCAUCCUUCAAGCAGAACUGCCCUCUUUAUUGCCAGUCGUAGAUGUUGCUGAGGCCUUACUGCAUGUGCGAAAUGGGGAGUGGUUUCUUUGCCUCCUUGUUGCCAAUGUCCCUGACAGCUUCAAUGAAGUAUGUCGUGGUCUUAUAAAGAGUGGUGAAAGGCAAGAUGAGGAGAGUGUGGGUGGGAGACACAGGACUGAGGCUCUAAGGCAGCUGUGCCAGAUGAACCCAUCUCAAGCUUUUAACAUCAGAGCCAUGGUGGUGGAGGAGUGUCACCUGCCAGGUUUAGGGGUGGCUCUGACUUUAGAUUAUAAGGCAGGCAGUGCAGACAAGGCUGUUAGUCCUUUAGUGUCUUAUGUCAGUGGUCUACUCCUCGGCACAAACAGCAAAGUGCGCACAUGGUUUGGCAUGUUCAUCCGCAAUGGGCAACAGAGAAAGAGUCAGAGUAGUUCAGUUUUGUGGCAAAUGCGGAGGCAGCUGCUGUUGGAACUGGUAGCCAUCUUGCCUUGCUCACACAGUACACGUGUACUCAAUGACACAAGGCUCAGUCCUGAAAUGAUGGAGGGCAGCUCAGCGUACUCAAGUCUGAGAGAGGAUCAUGUGGUGAAAGGCAGUUCAUUGCUCAGACUUUACUGCGCUCUCAUGGGUAUCGCUGGCCUCAGACCCACAGAUGAGGAGGCUGAGCAGCUACUCCAGCUGAUGACCAGCCGCCCCCCUGCUACGCCUGCUGGGGUCCGUUUUGUCUCUUUGUCAUUUUGCAAAUUACUUGCCUUCCCUACACUUGUCAGUACACCAGAACAAGAGCAGCUGAUGGUGAUGUGGCUCAGUUGGAUGAUUAAGGAGGAAGAGUACUUUGAAAGUGCUGCUGGUGUUUCUGCUUCUUUUGGAGAGAUGCUAUUGCUUGUUGCUAUGUAUUUCCAUACCAACCAGCUCAGUGCCAUCAUUGAGCUAGUCUGUUCCACACUAGGAAUGAAGAUUGCCAUUAAGCCCAGCUCUCUGAACAAAAUGAAGACUAUAUUUACCCAUGAGAUCUUCACUGAGCAGGUGGUUACUGCCCAUGCGGUGAGGGUGGCUGUCACCAGUAACCUGAGUGCCAAUAUUACUGGCUUCUUACCUAUCCACUGUAUUCACCAGCUCCUCAAAAGCAGGGCUUUCACCAAGCACAAAGUCUCCAUCAAGGAUUGGAUCUUUAGGCAGCUGUGUGAGACCACCACACCUCUUCACACUCAACUGCUUCCUCUCAUUGAUGUUUACAUUACUUCCAUUCUUACGCCUGCCUCUAAGGCCCACCCAGAGGCUACCAACCAACCAAUCACAGAACAGGAGAUUCUUAAUGUUUUUGAGGGCCGGAAAUGGGGAGCUGCAGGAAAAGGACAUGUUCAAUAUAGCAUUACCACUCAGCUUCUGAUUCUCUAUUAUAUUCUGUCUUAUGAAGAGGCUCUACUGGCCAACAGCAAAGCACUUGUCUUGAUGCAGAAGAAGCCAAAGUCCUACUCUGCUACCCUGAUGGACCAGAUCCCUAUCAAAUACCUCAUCUGUCAGGCCCAGGGCUUGCAUCAAGAAUUGGGGGGACUGCAUUCUGCUCUGCUCCGUCUCCUAGCCACCAACUACCCUCAUCUGUGCAUGGUGGAAGACUGGAUCUGUGAGGAGGAGGUGACUGGCACUGUUCCCCUCAUGCGCAAGAUGUUGCUCACCAGCCCAUCAUGCAAGUACUCACAUGAUCAGUUGCACAAGGCCUUCCAGAAUAUAAGACUCGGUGGGCACAUACUGCUGCAGAUCCUGGAGUAUUUGACAUUACUGAGCGCAGGGGAUCUGAUCCCCUAUGCGGAGGCCCUGACCACUAACAUGGGCCUGCUGCUAGAGGACAACAUAUGCCGCAGAGUGCUGCAGACUGUUAACAAGCUCUGGAUGGUACUCAAUACAGUCAUGCCUCGAAGGUUAUGGGUGAUGACAGUAAAUGCUUUGCAGCCAUCUGUUAAGCACCUCAAGAAGCAUUGCUACACUCAAAAUGACCUGUUAGUGGACCCUCUAAUUGUAUUGCGAUGUGACCCCAGAGUGUUAAGGUGUCCUCCCCUGAUGGAUAUCAUGUUACACAUAUUGAACGGCUAUUUGAAGGCCUCCAAGGCCUACUUGAACGCCCACCUGAAGGAGACUGCCGAAUUUGAGAGGCAGAAUCAAACUAUCUCAAACCUGGGGCUUGCUGGUCAGUCAGAUACACCAGAGGUCACAAGGGAGGAGCUAAAAAAUGCUCUACUGGCUGCACAGGACAGUGCAGCAGUGCAGAUCUUGUUGGAGGUGUGUCUGCCCUCCUCUCAGGAGGAGCAAAAACUAAGCAGAGCAGGCCCCUGUUUACUAAGGAAUGUACAGUCUGCUUCAGUUCUUCCUGAAAAGGAGAAAGGAAAAGCAGAAGCCCUGUGGGCACCCUGCUGGUCACAGCAGGCCGAAGGCCAACCAGUGGGGGCUAAAGAGGGUGGAUUACUCAGUGACAUCAGGGAAGUACAGUGCCUCAUUUGCUCUCUGCUGCACCAGAUGUUUAUUGCAGAUCCCAACAUCGCCAAACUAGUCCACUUCCAGGGUUAUCCUCAGGCUCUACUUCCUCUGACUGUAGCUGGUAUUCCUUCCAUGCACAUCUGUUUGGACUUUAUUCCUGAGCUAUUGGCACAGCCUCAGCUUGAGAAGCAGAUCUUUGCGAUCCAGCUUCUGUCUCACCUUUGCACACAGUACGCUCUGCCUAAAUCCCUCACUGUGGCACGCCUGGCUAUCAGCGUUAUGGGUACUCUGCUCACAAUCCUAACACGUGCCAAGCGCUUUGCUUUCUUCAUGCCCACCUUACCAUGUUUGGUGUCCAUUUGCUGGGCUUUUCCUCCACUCUACGAUGAUGUGGCAUCCCUGUUGGUGCAACUGGGCCAGGUGUGUGCUGCUGAUGUUGCUGCUAAAGCCUGUGACAUCGACCCAUUUAUUGCUAGGCUACAGUAUUUGAGGGAGAAGCCACAGAAUUCACUGGAGCCACAUGUGGGAUUGUUCAAAGUGGCUGUGCCUAAGAGAUCUGCUGAAGAACUGUGUGGAGCUGACCCAGAUGUCCAGCUGUGUUACUGUAUAGAAGCUACCUUCAUGGACAUAAUUAGCACCAGUACCCAGGGAUUGUAAAGAAAAAGUAAGACAAAGUUAGAAAGUCACAAUGGAAUUUAUUUAGACUUUUUUUGAGCUAAUAUUACAUAACUAAAAUGGAUCAUUAUGUUGAUGUGACAAACAUGUCUUGUAGCUACUAAACAAAAUAAUACUUAUUACAAAUAAUAUGUUAAAGCAAAAUAGUGAAGAAAACAUGUAACAUUGAAACAGAAUUGCCUUGGUACUUGAAAUGUGUUAUUUUUUACAAGGAUGAUUGUAAUUUUACAAUUUUCCAGUACAGUACAUUUAAGUCCCAUUUGUUUAUAUCUUGACUAUAUAGGGAGUGUAAACAGAGCAUAAAGAACCACUCACCUGAAAAGUAGCUUUGGCAAAAUAGCUUGCAUUCAAUGAUUGCCACAUGUUAUUGGUUUGUUUUCUAGACUACUUUUACAAAUGAUAUUUUCUUUACUCCAGGUCAUUUUCUUCCACCUUAUAUUUGAAAAAAUAAUUGAAAUACAAUUUAUUUGUGUGAUUUUGAUUGUUUUGAUACAAAAUGCAUUUUUCCCUUUCCUUACCUUUCCAUGUAGCUGUUUUUGUCUGUGUGUGUUUUUGUUUUUUAUACUGUGACUUGCUAGUUUAAAUUAACCAUUUCAUAUUUUGUAUGGGAAAUGGGUUAACAUUUGCCUCCUAAAAUAGUUUGUCCUUAAAUAUGGAAAUAGAGAAAUUCUUUAUUUCCUGCCACAUCUUGGCACUCUUAGUACAUUAUAAAACAACUCCCUUGUACAACAAUUAUGGGUUAACAAAGUUCUUAUUACCAUGACUGAUUUCUAUCAUAUUGGUCAUUUCAGAGGUUGAUGUAUUCACUGUAUUUUAAAUGUUUUUACUCUGUUUAAGACGUGCUCAAUUAGCUGUCUUGUUUGUGCCCACAGAUCUGAAAUGUACUUGGGUCGUGGUCAUGGGAUCAAAGCUUGAUUGGGUGGGGGGGGGUCAUGUAGAUAUUUUCACAGCUAUUUUGUGUACGAUAUAAUCUCUCAAAACAUUUAUUUUGCUGUUUGAUUAAUUUUAUGUGGUUCAAUGACACUUGGUUCCAUAAUAUUUCUCAAAAUUCCAGAGAGAUGUCAAACAAACAAUACCCUCUGAUUGCAUUUUUUGGGCUACAAUAAAAAUCCUUCCAAAAAUACAGAGCAUAGAUGGAGCUGCCUUUUUGUGGGUUCAAACUGAAUUUAAUAAGCUUCCAUUCCUAAUAUACUGCAGUUGAAAUUCUAAAUAUUCGUGUAUUGUAGUAUGAAAACAAUGGCAUGCACGGAGUAUUGUACUUUAUCUUCAGAGAACGGAGGCAAGACCAGUCAGAUGGUUUACAGUAAAAUACUUGGAAAUGCUCAUUUCUUAUUGGUUGACAAAUCUCAAUUCUGCCAAAUUCUUGCUCAUCCAGUCAGUUGAGUGGGGGGAAAAAUGGAUAUACACUUUUUUAAUAUACCAGUACAGGGGUUGGAACUGAAAUAGCACAGUGUGCUCCAGAUAAAAAGGUGUUGCUAUUUUUUUUCCAGCAAACAGUGGUCACAAGGUUUCUAAAGAAAAGUUGCCUCUUGUAAAACCAUCAGUAUAAAACCUAGCUAAUAUUCAACAUUCAUUCUUAACCCAAUCAUAUCAAAACUGGUCUCUUGAUUAUUACCUCCCUGCCAAAAACUACCACCAAGGUUCAUUAAUAGGCAUAGCAGGUUAUUGCAGAACUUGGAUAAUUGACUAUGCUAAGAUUACUCAACCGUUGUCUGAUUUGG